AUGGUCGCUGUGAUUUCUGUACGUAUAAAACUGAGUUGUGUCAGUGACAAGGACCAGGGGGCUGAACUGACAAGCAUCCUCACACAGAAUCUGUCCUACUGGGGAGUGACCAUCAUGGACAAUCAAACAAUCCAAUACUGCUUUCCGAACAACAAUUUGUCUUGUACCAGAAGUGUCCGACCUGAAGCAGAGUACAUUAUUGUGUACAUUUUCAUCGCUGUAACAUCAGUGUUCACCGUGUUUCUGAACCUGUUGGUGAUCAUCUCCAUCUCACACUUCAAGCAGCUCCACACUCCCACCAAUGUGCUGAUCUUCUCUCUGGCAGUGGCUGAUCUGAUCGCAGGACUGAUUCUCAUGCCAGUGCAGGGAAUGAAACUGAUUGAGCCAUGCUGGUACUUUGGACAAAUAUUUUGCUCAAUAUUUCCUCUUAUUCUUUAUGUGGUUGUUGUGGCAUCUCUUGGCAAUAUGAUUAUUAUAUCUGUGGAUCGAUUCAUUGCUGUGACUGACCCUUUGCGAUAUCUGAUAAGAGUCAAUAAUAACAGAGCUGUUGUUGCUAUUGUUGUGAACUGGUUAUUCUCCUUCUUUUAUUCGUUUUAUCUGUUGUAUGAGUUUUUACUAUAUCCAGAGAGGAACCACACAUGUAUUGGAGAAUGCAUACUUGUUGUUACAUUGGAAAAUCUUCUAAUAGAUGCUUUUGUUUGUUUAGCAGCACCUUGUUGUAUAAUUAUUCCUUUAUAUGUGAAAAUCUGCUUUGUAGCAAAACGGCAAGCUAAGCAUUUAAAUUCAGUCACAGAAAAGAAGGCCAAAUCAGAAAAAAAGGCUGCAAGAACCUUAGGUAUUGUAGUACUGGUUUAUCUUCUUUUUUGGACACCGUACUAUAUAGUUACUCUUUCUUUUGGGCAUGACGAAAAUGACACUCUUAUAAUUAACGUAAUGUAUUGGAUGUUAUGCAUGAAUUCCUGUAUGAAUCCACUUAUAUAUGCAAUGUUUUAUCAAUGGUUCAGAGUGUCGGCAAAAUACAUUUUGACACUGAAAAUAUGUGAACCUUCAUCAGCAUACUUCAAUCUGUUCCCAGAAGAGAAAUGAUCACUCUCGCAUGAAGCACAAAUGUAAUUUCCAUCUGUCUAUGAAUGGAAUAUUUAGGGUUCUUGUGUUAAACACUUCCUUAUCAAACAUUAGAUGACACCAGAAUCUGUGCAACACCAAUGUUUGUGAAUAGUUUAAAUAUUCUGCCUAUUAUGUAUGUAUAUUGAGAACAUGUGUGAGUAACAGUGAGUAAC